GGAUAGCAGUUGUGGGACGGGUGCGGGGCGAGUGCACCGCACCUAGGAGGAAAGGAGGGAAAGUCCCAGCAUAUUUGGAAGGAUAAAGAGCGAUGACUACACCAGCAGGCUCGGGCGCGGGCUUCGGCUCUGUGUCCUGGUGGGGCCUGUCUCCGGCGCUCGACCUGCAAGCUGAGAGUCCUCCUAUGGCCCCAGACUCGCAGGCCAAUACAGAGCACGGGACCCCCGAGCUAGAUGUGCUGCUGCUGGGUUCCGUGGAUGGGCGCCAUCUGCUACGAACCCUGGCCCAGGCAGCGCUCUGGUCUCCCAGGAAGUUCCAUUUCUACGUGCUGGAGAAUAAUCUGGAAGCUGUGGCCCGGCACAUACUGUUCUUCAGCCUAGCCCUGGAGGACCCUGAGAAGAUGGGGCUGCAAGAGAGGAGCGAGGUCUUCCUGGAAGUGUGGGGGAAUGCGCUGCUGCGCCCCUCGGUGGCCGCCUUCGUGCGCGCCCAGGCCGAACGCCUCGCACGCUUGGUUCCAGAGCCCGACCGCUUGGCGGAGCAGCUGCCUUGGCUCAGCCUGGGAGCCCUGAAGUUCCGUGAGCGUGACGCCCUGGAAGCCGUGUUCCGCUUCUGGGCCGGCGGGGAGAAGGGGCCCGAGACCUUCCCCAUGAGCCGCCUGUGGGACAUGAGGCUGCGCCACUACCUGGGCUCCCGCUACGACGCCCGGCGCGGUGUCAGCGACUGGGACCUGCACAUGAAGCUUCAUGACCGUGGGGCCCGAGUCAUCCACACCCGCGAGUUCAGGCGCUGGAGGGACACAGGCGUGGCCUUUGAGCUCAGAGAUUCCAGUGCUUACCAGUUGCCCAACCGGACCCUGGCGUCCGGGCGCCUUCUGAGCCACCAUGGGGAGCGCGUGGCAGCGCGAGGGUACUGGGGGGACAUCGCCACGGGGCCCUUCGUAGCCUUCGGCAUUGAAACGGACGAUGAGAGCCUCCUGCGGACCAGCAAUGGACAGCCUGUCAAGACUGCAGGCGAAAUCACGCAACACAAUGUAACGGAGCUGUUCCGAGCUAUGGCCACCUGGGGGCACCCGAGCGCCGCCCCAGGAGACCCUGAUGAGGUUCCAGGCGAAGUAAACGGAACUCCGGAGCCUGCAGCCCCCAGCCCGGGAUCCUUCACUGUCCACUUUCUGCCCCUCGGUUCCACCCAGACACUCCACCACAGGAGCUGCUACAAGGGUCGGUUCCAGCUUCUCUACGUGGCCUGUGGGAUGGUUCAUCUUCUCAGUCCUGAGCUCGGGGCCUGCGUGGCCCCUGGAGGACGCCUGAUUGUGGAAUUAGCCCGGUACCUUGUGGACGUGAGGCAGGAGCAGCUUCAGGGGUUCUGUGACCGGGUUGGGGAACUGGCUCGGGCAGCUGGAUUUGCCCCACAGCCUGGGACCGGACCCUCGGAGAGCUUUGCGCGCUUCUACAAGUGUGAGGACUCUGCUCCCAUAGACGCAGCCGUGGAUUCCGGGAUUCUGCACGCUGAAACCCUGGCCCCGCCCCCAGAGUUACUGGUCCCGCCCCCUGAAGCAACAAAUUCUCCCUCUGAGGACCUGGCCCAGCCCCUGCAAGGUCAAAUCCCACUCUCUGAACCCCUCCAACUGCCCUCAGAGUCUCAGGCUUCACUUGAGGCUUUGGCUCCGCCCACAGGGAGUCAGACCCCCAAACCGGAGAGUCUGCCUGGACCUUCAGAGAUUAUGACAUCCCCCAUCUCUUAACUUCUAAAGUCAGGUCCUGGAAUCAGAACCCUUCUCCAGAACACUCUCCACGUUCUCACUCUGCCCCAGAGGCGUUGCUCGACUUCCAUUCCGUUUCUGAGAUUCUAUAUUCUGUCCCUAGAAUUCUCGGUGGGUUUCUCAGAUUUCUACGCUCCACUCCUGACACUCUAAACGCAGACUAGAGGUCCGGCCCAGGUCUCAGGUCCCCUGAAUGGUCCCCAGACGUCCCAUUCCUCCUCACUGGGUGUUGGGGGAUGUCUCCUCUUCUGGUCCAAAUAAAGAUGGCGGCA